UAUCGUUCAAUUUCGAAUAAAUAAUUUGGUUACUAAAUAUUUUUUUUGAAAUAUGGCCACAGCCGAAGAGAAUGAUUUGCUGAAGAUUCAAAAUGAAAUCAUUGUAGAUGAAAAUGUUGAUGAACAAGAAAUUGAAAAUCCAAAAGUAGAAUUUUCAUUUGGAACAUUUUGGAAUUGGUUUCUUCCAUCAUGUUCGGAUGUUUGGUCAUCGUCGUCAUCUUUAAAUCCAGAGAUAUUUCUUGCUUAUGGUGCAAAGUCAUUUUUAUUUUUAGCCGAUAUUAUUGUUCAAAAAUCGAAAAAACAUUCAACAAAUAAUGAUACGAAAAAAUGGAAAAUCCAUUACAGAGAAAUUGUCAAUGUAUUCGGAACGAAAGCAAAAUCUCAACAUUUCGAUGUAUUUCGUUCAAAUAGUAGUUAUAUAACAACAGUGGUGUUUGACAAAACAUUCUCAAUGAUCAAACAUGGAUCGUCGAAAAAUAUGAAUCAAAAAAUUUAUGCAACAAGUUGUGCAAUGAUUUUUCUUGGCAAUAGUGAUGGUGUCGGUGCCUUGUACGAUUGUCAUCGUCGAAUAACAUUGUUACAAAAUUUGCCAUUUUCAGCAAUUAGUCGACAAUGUUGCAAAACUGUUGCACAGAAAAAAAUUCUCUCAGCUGCCUGGUUACAUUAUCAAUCUGAAGGACCAAUUGUUUAUUAUUCACUCGAUACACAUAUUAUCGUAUGGAAAGUGAAAAAGAAUGAGGUGAAAAUCCUACAUGAUAAUAAUGAAGAUUGUCAAAAUUCUCGUUUCAAUUCGGGACAACUUCAGAUUGCCUGUUUGGCAUCAUUACCGGCUGAAUGUUGUCCAUCGUCAUCGGAUAAAAAUGAACAUAAAUUAGCCAUCGGUUAUAUGGGCGGAAAAAUUGUCAUCAUUGGUUUUGAUUCGAUGACCGGCGAUCAAACAACAUCUUUAACAAUAUUUGCUGAAAAUGGCCAUAAUGAUGAUAUUUGUUCAUUGUCAUUUUCAUCAUAUUCACUAUCAUCGCAUCAAUCUUAUCGUCAAGGACUGCUAUGUUCCGUGUCACGAGAUUCAGUAUUGAAAGUAUGGAGUUGUUCAAACCAAAAUGAAAUUGCUGAACAUCGUAUUGUAUCGAAUUAUCAUGGUUCGAAUCAAAAAGCAAGUGGAAGUAGCCAAACUAAUACGGCAAAUUGGUUCACAGCCGGAUUUAUGCCACGAUCAUGUGUGAAACAUUCAAAUGUUGCCUAUGAAAUCGUUUUAACAAAUAGUUCGGGUGAUUUAUUAACAUUUACAUUACCGGAAAAAGGGUUGAAUAGUAAAUUACGUAUCGGUAAAACGAAUAGAACAUUUCAAUCAAAAACAGUGAACAAAAAUCAACCAAUGAAUCAUACGUUUAUUAUAUUUUCAAUUGCAAUGGAUCUGGAACAUAAAAUUGCCAUCACGAAUUCAUUGGAUUAUAAACUUAUUUUAUGGAAUCUAUCCACUCGAACAUCUGAAACAGUUUUCUAUUCAUUCUCCAAUGGUGCUUUAGCCAUUGAUUGUUGUCAAUCAGAUAAACGAAUUGCCAUUGCAUUUGGUAGUAAUAUUUUUGUUCUGGAUUUUACUCGAGAAGCGACAACUAAUGAUGAUGAAGAUGAUGAUAAUCAUCAUUAUGAUAUACAAGUUCAACGUUUACAAUUGUCAUCGAAAACCAGAUUUUUCAAUGUCAUUUGGAAUCGUAAAUAUUAUGAACGUCUUGGACGUCUAAUUAUUGCUACAUUGGAUGGCGAACUAAUUCAUUAUGAUUUAAAUAGCAAAGAUAUUGUUUUUAAAUCUAGCAAAGUUAAUACACGUGAUACAAGUAAAAUUUAUUCCAUCAUUUGGCUUGAUACAUUGUUGUUGGAUGAAAAUCAAAACGAUCAUCAAUCAUCACCGGUUGUAUUGACAUUACAUCAAAGUGGUAAAAUAUUGGUCAAUUAUCUAUCAAAUAAUAAUGAUAAUAAUAGCCAUCGUGCACAAGAAAAUUUUGAUAAAUAUCUUGUUGGUGUGCCGGAAAAUCAGAAAAUUAAACGAACAGCCUUAUUAACAAGUGAUGAACAGAAGUAUCUAUUAAUGGGCAAUGAUGAUGGUACGGUUGAUGUAUUUUGUCGGAUUGUUGAACCACCAGUCGAUGAUAAAGCUUUUCGACAUUUAUAUCGAUUUCGAUCAUUUAAUCGUCCUUGUCUUUCAAUUGAAUAUUGUUCACGAACUAAUUAUCUUGCAAUUACUGCUUUACAUGAAAAAUAUAUCAAUUGUUAUCGACUUGAUGAUCUUGACAAUAAUACUUUGCCUUGUGUAUCAUCAUCAAAUAUUGAUGGUGAAGAUGACGAUAAUGAUGAUUCAAAACUUGUUGUCAAAACUGUACCAAUAAAAUGUCGACUUAAAGGCCAUGAAGAUCGUGUUUCAUUCACAUGUUGGAGUCCAUUCAAUCGAAUCGAAGAUAUUGAUGAAAAAAUUUUACUGGCCUCAGCAAGUUAUGAUACAACAUGUAUCAUUUGGAAUAUUGCUAAACGAAUUCCAUUGAAACGUUUUUUUGGCCAUAAAUCAUUGAUUUACAGUAUAAAAUGGUGUCAUUUUAAUGCGGACUUUUUAUUUUCCGGCAGUGAAGAUAAUUUCUUUUUCUGGAAUUGGACGAUUCAACCGGAUUUUUCGAAUGCAACCGAUAAACAAAAUGUUAAAAUAAAUUCUUUGCGUUCUUUAUUGGAAAAUAAUAUUAAUAAUGGUGAAGAUUCUGGCGAAACCACCAAUGAUGCCAUUGCCAAUGUUCCAGAUGAAGCAUCUUUUGAUUCAACAAUUUCUUCAUUAUCAUCGGAAAUUUCAAAAUUAAAAAAUUUAGCAAAUACUAAAACAUUGGGUAAUAAAUCAUCAUCAUCAUUAUCAGUGCCAAUUAAAGCUUUAUUUUCGCUAAAUAAUCAAAUUGAAAAUAAUUCUUCGAAAUAUGAACAUCUUGAAGAUAUUAAAUGGUUGAUACAGUUGAAAAAAUCUACUACGGCCGUCACCAUACCACCGAAUAAGUUAGAUCGUAUUCUUUUAUAUGGCCAAUUCGAACAUAUUGAACGAUUAUUGGAGCUGGAAAUUGAAAAUCAUAAAAAGAAUAAAAAUCUCGAAGGACAAUAUGUUUUAUCAUUGUUUUUGAAUGCUCGAUCAUGUGUGGAAAAAUUAUUGGAACAAAAUGAAUGUGAUCCGAUAUUGGCUAUGAUUGCUUCCUCGUUUUCACGAAAACUUUAUGAAAAUUGCAUCCGAAAUAUUCUCGGCGAAUCAUCGUCAUCGAACAAUUCUCGUGUUCAACAAAUUCAGCUUAAUUCGAAAAUGAAAUGGACAAAUUAUAGUAAAGAAUUAUGUGCAUUGAUCAGAAUCUGUUGUCUAAAUGAAUUCCAUGUUUCAAUCGAUUCGCUACUGGCACAGAAUCUAUUUCGUGAAGCAAUCAUAUUGUCAGUGAUACAUUUAGCAUCGGAUACGUUUGUCAAUAAAUUAUUUUAUCAAUGGCAUGAAUAUCGUUUGAAACAGAAUAAUUAUGAAGGUGCAAUCAAAUGUCUAAUAUCGGGUGGCCACUAUGUUGAAGCCAUUGAAUUAUUAAAGCAGAGGCGUACACUUUGUACAGAAACUAGUGGCAAUUCAAUUCUUCGACAAUAUGAUGAAAUUAUUGAGCAAUUAAAAAAAGUGUCAAUUAAAUAAAUGUAAAAAUUUGACAUUUUUUGUUUU